AUGCGCGCAUUGGCAAUUAUUUAUAUUGGUCCUAACAAUUAUCCUGAUUUCAGCUCUGAUUACUUACUUUCUCCUAUUGUCGGUCCCGAUGAGUUACUUGCAAAGUUUCCAAAAACUUAUCUAAUGUGUGGUGAAAAAGAUCCACUCGUUGACGAUACUGUUGUAUUCGCAGGACGUAUACGUGAGGCUAAGAAAAAGAAAAGGUUGUUAGAAAAUGGAGGGAGAUAUGGAGAAGGAUUUAGAAUAAGCAGUAUGAACACUAGUGAUAAUAUAAAUACGGAUUCUGAAGAUUGGGUUGAAGUGAAAAUUAUUCAGGGUUCUAGUCAUGCAUUUUUACAGAUGCCAGCACUAUUACCUGAGAAUAAAGGUGCCAUCAGAGCCUGCGCUUUAUGGAUGCACGAAUGUUGUCAAGAUAAAUCAAUUGACAUAAAUACAAACAGUAAAGAAUUAAUUCAUGAAGAUGAAGGUUUAACAUUCACUUCACAUCGUUCAAAAAAUAGUGGUAUUGCUAAUUUUAAAAAGAAUGAAAAUAGAAAUCUAAUUUAUCAAGAACCAGAACAAAUUCAAGAUCCAACCUUAAUUAAUAAUAAUAUAAACGUCCCACAAUCAUUUCCUAAUGUAUUAUUACCAUCAGAUGAUAAUAUACAAAAAUCCACAACUGCCACUGUUUUGGCUCCUGGGCAUAAACUUUGGGAACAAGAGAAUAUAUUGAAUGAAAAUGAAAUUUUAAAAAGACGACGAGAUACAUUGGUUAGAAAUUUAACGGAAGGCUGUAAUACUGCUAUCACUGUUGAACAAGAAAAAGUGACUAAAUAG